UUCUACACUUCCCUCACUUGCGCCCGUUUUGAGGAGCUGUGCAUGGACCUGUUCUGCAGCACGCUCGAGCCUGUUGGCGGUUCUACGUGUAUCCCCUGUAUUGUCAAACUCGUAUCUGACUUCUUCAACGGCAAGGAGCCCAACAAGAGCAUCAACCCUGAUGAGGCUGUUGCAUACGGUGCUGCCGUUCAGGCUGCCAUUCUUUCCAGCGACACCUCUGAGAAGACCCAGGACCUCCUGCUUCUCGAUGUCGCUCCUCUAUCGCUCGGUAUUGAGACUGCUGGUGGUGUCAUGACCGCCCUCAUCAAACGCAACACCACUGUCCCCACCAAGAAGUCAGAGACAUUCUCGACAUACUCAGACAACCAGCCUGGUGUCUUGAUCCAGGUGUACGAGGGUGGACAUGCAUGCACGAAGGACAACAACUUGCUCGGCAAGUUUGAGCUGUCUGGUAUUCCUCCCGCACCUCGUGGUGUUCCUCAGAUCGAGGUCACCUUCAACAUCAAUGCUAAUGGUAUCCUGAACAUCUCCACAUCUAACAAAACUACCAGCAAGUCAAAUCACAUCACUAUUACCAAUGACAAGGGUCAUUUGUCUGCAGAGGAGAUCGAGCGCAUGGUUAGCGAGGCUGAGAAAUACAAA